AAAAAAAUCCAAAUGGCUUCAAUAAUUGCUCAAGCAACUGAAAAGCUAUCUAUUGUAGAAACUGUAUAUGUGGACGAAGUGGCUGGGUCAGACGAAGGUACCGGCACUGAAACGUCUCCUAUGAAAACUCCUUUAAAGGCUCUCGAAAAACAUGGUGAAAACAUCAAGAUUGUUAUUAAAAAAGAUGAAGAAGGCUAUAAAGAUAUCUCUGGAGCCGCACUCAAGAAGGCCAAAAAGUCUUUAUUAGAACAUCAACGCAAACUCAAAAAGCAAGAAGAACAAAAACAAAAACUGGAAGAAGAACUCAAAAAGAAACAUGAAGAAGAAGCCAAGGCUUUAGAACGUGCCAAAUCAAUUGUCUUGACUCAAGAUACUUCUUUACCCAAGGCUGAAAAGAUUAAAAUUCGUCAAAGUACUGAUUCUCGAGGAAAACGUGUCAAGGUUUCUGGUUGGGUUCAUCGUCUUCGUGUACAAGGCAAAGAUAUGAUGUUUGUAAUUCUUCGUGAUGGUUCUGGUUUCUUGCAAUGUGUCCUUACUGGUGAAUUGUGUCACACUUUUGAUGCCAUUACUUUAACUACUGAAUCAACUAUUACUGUUUAUGGUGUGAUCAAUGCUCUUCCUGAAGGCAAAAAAGCACCUGAUAACCAUGAAUUGGUGGUGGAUUAUUGGGAAUUGGUUGGUAAGGCUCCUGAUGGUGAUGAAGCUUUCAACAGCAAGGUAACUACCGAUGCUGAUCCCUCCUAUUUACUGGAUAACCGACACUUGGUGCUCCGUGGUGAAACUUCUGCUGCUGUUUUCAAGGCACGUGCUGAAGUGAUCAAAGCUUUCCGUGCUCAUUAUGAAUCUCGUGGUUAUACUGAAGUUACUCCCCCUUGUAUGGUACAAACUCAAGUAGAAGGCGGAGCAACACUUUUUGAAUUCAACUACUAUGGUGAAACUGCUUACUUGACUCAAUCAUCUCAACUUUAUCUUGAAACUUGUCUUCCAUCUCUCGGUGAUGUAUUCUCUCUUGCUGAAUCUUAUCGUGCAGAAAAAUCACAUACUCGUCGUCACUUGUCUGAAUAUUCUCACUUGGAAGCUGAAAUGGCCUUUUUAACUUUUGAAGAUAUGUUGGACAACAUUGAAGAUUUGGUGUGUGAUGUUAUCGAUCGUGUCAUGGCCCAUGAACCUACUCGCAAAUUGAUUGAACAACUUAACCCUACUUUCCAACCUCCUGCUAGACCCUUUUUGCGUAUGAACUAUGCCGAUGCUAUCAAAUACCUCAAGGACAAUGAUAUCAAAAAAGAAGAUGGUUCUUACUAUCAAUAUGGUGAAGAUAUUCCUGAAGCUCCUGAACGUGCUAUGACCGAUAAAAUCAACCGUCCUAUUUUGUUAUGUCGUUUCCCUGCUAACAUCAAAGCAUUCUAUAUGCAAAAAUGUAGUGAUGAUCCAUCAGUCACCGAAAGUGUAGAUGUUUUGAUGCCUAACGUUGGUGAAAUUGUUGGUGGUAGUAUGAGAAUGAACGAUAUGAACGAAUUGUUAGAAGCCUAUAAGAGGGAAGGUAUUGACCCCAGCCCUUACUACUGGUAUACCGAUCAACGUAAAUAUGGUACUUGUCCUCAUGGUGGCUAUGGUCUUGGAGUUGAACGAUUCCUUGCUUGGUUACUCAACAGACAUACUGUACGUGAUUGUUCUCUUUAUCCUCGAUUCACUGGCAGAUGUACUCCUUAGAUUAGAUGAUAGAUUACUGUCGCCUCUUAGUUUUACCUUUUUUUUUUUUUUUUUUUU